UGUUUGCAGAACCGCCACCUGCAGAUUUUGCAGCCCCCUUUGCCCACUCUCUUUAUUUCAUUUCACUUUACAGCUAUUCCCUUUCAUUCACUUUUAACACACUCAUCAAUUUUCACUUCCAUUUUCCAUCUUAUAAAAUACCCAAAAGUGAUUUUACAUAGUAGUAUUUUAUUUACUUUUUCAUCCAUCUCUUUAGUAUUUUAUCCAAAAAACUCUGUUUAAUUAGUUUGGAAUGAUGUGUGGCUUAAUUGAUUUGAACAAGAUUAACGAACAUACUGACGACAUUGCAACGUCGUUAGUUCUAGAUUCGCCUUCGGAUUCAUUUGUAUGCAAAACGACGUCGUCGUGGGGUUGUAGUAUGGAGUUGUGGCAGGCGUGUGCUGGGAAUAAAAUUUGGUUACCCAAGAAAGGAAACGCUGUCGUUUACUUACCACAAGCCCACCUUGCUCAACAACCACAAGAACUACUACCUCACAAUAUCUUUUCCUGUCUUGUCCCUCCACAUGUUUUUUGCCGUGUUUUAGAUGUCAAACUUCAAGCUGAACCAGGAAGUGAUGAUGUGUUUGCCCGAGUAUCGCUGGUUAGAGAUUCUCAGCUAGAGAAGAAAUGUGGUGAAAUAGAGUUUGAAGAAAAGGACUAUGAUUUUGUUGAUGAAAAAACAUCAAAACCACACAUGUUUUGCAAAACCUUAACGGCUUCGGAUACUAGUACUCAUGGAGGUUUCUCUGUUCCUCGUCGAGCUGCUGAGGAUUGCUUUCCUCCUUUGGAUUAUAAGCAACAAAGGCCUUCACAAGAAAUUGUAGCUAAAGAUCUCUAUGGAACCGAAUGGAGAUUUCGCCAUAUCUAUAGAGGCCAACCGCGUAGGCAUUUGCUAACAACUGGUUGGACUGCUUUCAUAAAUAAAAAGAAACUUAUGUCUGGAGAUGCCGUGCUUUUUCUUAGGGGUGAUGAUGGAGUACUAAGAUUAGGUGUCCGAAGGGUGGUUCAACCUAAAACAUCCCAUAGUUUACCCAUGAAUGAUGUUGAUUUUCCCAAGAUAGUCAAUUCAAUACCUAAGAAAAUUGCAUUCAACAUUUGCUACAACCCAAGGGGCGGUUUAUCAGGAUUCAUUGUACCAUACCAUCAUUUUAUGAAGAGUUUUCGUAAUAAUAUUUCACGUGGAAUGAGGUUUAAUCUUCGUGGUGAAACAGAAGAUGCUGCAGAGAGAAGGUGUACAGGGAUUGUAACUGGGAUAAGUGAUAUAGACCCAGUUAACUGGCCUGGUUCAAAGUGGAGGUCCUUAACGGUAAGGUGGGAUGAUGGGGAAUUCACAAGGCAAAACAGAGUUUCUCCAUGGGAGAUUGAAUGGUGUACGGUUUCUGGAUCUGGCAACAUGCUGCCGCCUGUGGCUAAGAAGAUAAAGACUGGAUUUCCAACCAUCAGACCUGAUUUUCAACUUCCCAAAGAUGGGCUAGGAGGAGCAUUAGACUUGGAGAAAUCUAUGAGAUUUCAGAAGGUCUUGCAAGGUCAAGAAAUUUUUGGUAAUCACCAUUCCUAUGAUUCUGUUGGUGUCCAAAAUCAUCAUCCCUAUGAAAAGAUUGCGUCUCGUUGGGGGUCAAGAAACACUAUGUUAUCGUCUUUAAGGAGUGAUCUUCAAAACCUCAUUGGCACAGGCCAUGAUGAAACAGUUAGAUCCAAUGAGGUCUUGCAAGGUCAAGAAAUACUUUUCAAACCACAAAACUAUAAUAACUUCACUCAACCGUCCCGCUUUGUACAAGCAUCAUCCUCGCCUUCUUCUGUUUUACAUCUCCAGAAUGCACUCGGUCUCACACCUUACUUUCAUUCCAUAGACGAUACUAGUAAAUUAGGGAUACCCAGUUUCUCUAAAGGGCAUUUCAACCUGCAUAAUAGCAACAAGCACGAAAAAGUCUUUUCUGUUCCUUUGAAGGAGAAGACUCUAUAUCCAAACCCAUUUCACAUUGGUCCACAAGAAUCAGUUUAUACCUCUAAAAACAGUUGCAGGCUGUUUGGGUUUUCAUUGACCGAGGGUACAAGUCCACAUAAGUUUUGAAGGCCUCUUGAUGAUUGAAACAUUUUAAGAUACCAAAGCUUGAAGAAGAUUCAGUGGAUGUUUUGCAGUUGAACUUUAGAAGAUGUAGGUAUUGGUAGGGAGUAGUGAGGCAUGACUUUUGACUUGCAGCCUAAAAAGCAAAGGCGGUUAAGAUUGUAUUUUGAUUUGAAAAUCUGUUUUGAAUUUUCACUGUUCCUUAGAUAACCUUAUUAAGAGAAUUGUAAUCCUUGUAUUGAUCUAUAGUUAUAGCAAAACUGUUCGACCUUGUUUAGCAAA